AUGGCCCCGACCGCCCCGCAGGCGUUCGCGCCCCUGCACACGGUUCUGGUGGCCAAUCGGGGUGAGAUCGCCGUACGGGUGAUCCGCGCCUGCCGUGACGCGGGGCUGCGCAGCGUCGCGGUCUACGCGAACCCCGACCGCGACCUGCCGCACGUGCGGCUCGCCGACGAGGCGUACUCGCUGCAGGGCGAGACCGGCGCCGAGACCUACCUCGACAUCGCCAAGCUAUCGACUGGCCAAGGAGCCGGGGCCAACGCCGUGCACCCGGGCUACGGCUUCCUCUCCGAGAACGCCGACUUCGCCCAGGCCGUGCAGGACGCCGACCUGAUCUGGAUCGGCCCCUCGCCCCAGGCCAUCCGUGACCUCGGCGACAAGGUGACCGCCCGCAAGAUCGCCGAGCGGGUCGGCGCGCCGCGCGUGCCCGGCACCGAGGACCCGGUCGCCGACGCCGACGAGGUCAUCGCGUUCGCCGACGAGCACGGCCUGCCGGUGGCCAUCAAGGCGGCGUUCGGCGGCGGCGGGCGCGGCAUGCGCGUGGCCCGCGAGCGCGACGAGAUCGCCGAGAUGUUCGACGCCGCGGUCCGCGAGGCCGAGUCCGCCUUCGGGCGCGGCGAGUCGUUCGUCGAGCGCUACCUCGACCGCCCGCGUCACGUCGAGGCGCAGGUGAUCGCCGACCAGCACGGGCACUGCGUCGUCGUCGGCACCCGCGACUGCUCGCUGCAGCGCCGCAACCAGAAGCUCGUCGAGGAGGCCCCGGCGCCGUUCCUCACCACCGAGCAGCGCGCCGAGAUCCACCAGGCCGCCCGCGACAUCUGCAUCGCCGCCGAGUACUCCGGCGCGGGCACCGUCGAGUUCCUCGUCGGCGAGGACGGCGUGAUCUCGUUCCUCGAGGUCAACACCCGCCUGCAGGUCGAGCACUGCUUCCGCAUCGCCGCGGGCCAGGAGCUGCGCUUCACCGAGGACCUGCCCCCGCGCGGGCACUCGAUCGAGUUCCGGCUCAACGGCGAGGACGCCGGCCGCGGCUUCCUGCCCGCCCCGGGCACGGUGUCGGUCUUCCACACCCCGGCGGGCCCGGGCGUCCGGCUCGACGCGGGCCUCGAGGAGGGCACCGUCAUCGGCGGCGGCUUCGACUCGAUGGUCGGCAAGCUCAUCGUCACCGGCGAGGACCGCGCGCAGGCCAUCGCCCGCUCCCGGCGCGCGCUCGACGAGCUGGUCAUCGACGGCCUGCCCACGGUCAUCCCGUUCCACAAGGCCGUCCUGCGCGACCCGGCGUUCGUCGCGGCCGAGGGCGCCGAGUCGUUCGCCGUGCACACCCGCUGGAUCGAGACCGAGUGGGACAACCAGGUCGAGCCCUACACCGCGCCCGGCGACGAGGAGGCCGACGAGUCCCUGCCCCGCCAGAACGUGGUCGUCGAGGUCGGCGGCAAGCGCCUCGAGGUGUCGCUGCCCGGUGACCUGGCCAUCGGCGGUGGCGGUGGCGGCGCCCCGCAGGCGAAGAAGAAGUCGAAGAAGCGCGCCGGCGGCGGCGCCAAGGUCUCCGGCGACGCCGUGACCGCCCCGAUGCAGGGCACGGUCAUCAAGGUGACCGUCUCCGAGGGCGACACCGUCUCGGCCGGCGACCAGAUCGCCGUCGUCGAGGCCAUGAAGAUGGAGAACCCCAUCACCGCCCACAAGGACG